AUCUCUUUCGAUAUUCUAAAAACACUUAAAACGCAAAUCUGGGGAACAUCACCCAAAACCCUUGCGUUUGAGCUUCUUGCAACUCUUGAUCUACGCUCAUGGCUUCUCCGCGAGCUGCAGAAACCACAGAGAAUAGCUUGGAGAAGAUCAAGCGUCAACUCGCAUCCGCUUCCGGUAGAAACUUGUUACAGGGACCACUUCUCAAGAGAUCCGAAACCCUGAGAAAAUGGAACGAGAGAUGGGUGAUCUUGGACCCGACAACUGGGAAGAUGGAAUACAAGAUAAGAAGAAAUGAACCUUCUGUGAAAGGAACGAUUCUAUUUGAUGCCAAUAGCACGAUCACAGUGUCUCCUGUGAAUUUCCAGGGGCUUCCAAAGUAUGACGGUUGCUGCUUUUAUAUUGGGACGCCACAGAAAAAAGAUUACUUCCUCUGUGCGGAGACUCCUGGUGCAGCUAGAGCAUGGGUGUCAACUUUACAUGCAACUCAGUUGGUUUUAAAAGCCCAUAAAGAAGCUGUGAAUUCCUUAAGUGGGAAUGGUUCUACAAAGUUAGGAACUGUAGCAACGGUUGUUGCUGCAGCCAAUUCAACAGCCUUGGAAUGCUCAAAAGAAAUAGAAGCAGCAAUGCAGAUUUCAUUGCGAAAUGCUCUGGGAAUGAUGAAUAAUAGGACCACUGAUGGUCCUAUGGAUGAUUUAACAAUCAUGAAGGAAACACUAAGAGUAAAGGAUGAGGAGCUACAGAAUUUGUCCAGAGACCUUCGGGCACGUGAUUCAACUAUUAAAGAUAUAGCAGAUAAACUAUCUGAGACUGCUGAAGCUGCUGAGGCUGCAGCAUCUGCUGCCUAUACUAUGGAUGAGCAUCGGAGAAUUGCUUGUGCAGAAAUUGAGCGUUUGAAUAAAGAUUCUGAGAAGCAGCAAGAGUUGUUUACGCAGAAGCUAAAAGAGUCUGAAGAAAAGGCUGCGAGCCUAAGCAAAGAAAAAGAACAAUUAAUCAGGCAGAGAGAUGCUGCUAUUCAGGAAGCAAAUAUGUGGCGCACCGAGUUGGCAAAAGCUAGAGAACAUGAUGUUAUCUUGGAAGCAGCUGUAGUAAGAGCAGAAGAAAAAGUUAGGGUUGCAGAAGCAAAUGCUGAAGCUAGGAUAAGGGAGGCUUUUCAGAGAGAAUCUGCAGCAACAAAAGAAAAGGAAGAGCUUCUAGCAUAUGUGAAUGUACUAAAAGCCCAACUUCAAAGGCAACACAUCGAUACAACUCAAGUUUUUGAGAAGACGGAGUCAUGCUCAGAUACAAAGCAUGUUGACCCCACAGAAGAGAAUGUGGAUAAAGCGUGCCUGAGUGUUUCUAGAGCUAUGCCCGCCCCUGCAGAGAAUGUCGUUCACAUGGCAACGGAUCAGGUGAACAUUCAGCCGGUUGGAGACAAUGAAUGGAGUGAUAUUCAAGCAACGGAGGCAAGGAUAGCUGACGUAAGGGAAGUAGCACCCGAAACUGAUGGAAGCAGCUUGGAUAUUCCUGUGGUUAGCCAGCCAGGUACCAAUCAUCACCAUGAACAAGGAGCUAACUCUUUCCAUCAGCCCUGAUGUUAUUCACAGGUAUACAACAUAGAGAAAAUAUCAAUUUAGGCAAUGUAAUUAUACCAUUUUGUUGGAUGAGCAUGUAAACCUUAUUGUUUUCAUUUUAUCAUUGCCUAAUCAAGCUGUGACAUGUGACCUGCCCGGAAAGUGAAUACCUUUUUUCUGAUGUAAAUGUAAUGUAAUACAACACGAGCUGACCGGUAACUCUUCCGUGAUGUGUAAACAUUUGAUCAACGAAUAGAGCCCUUUUUUCAUCCACAA